GUGAAUUUGUUGCUUUUUAGAGGGGCAAUGGAUCUGUACAUGCGUGAGGUGGCGAGGGGCGUGGCCAGGGGGCGGCUAGCAGCGUGUGCCACCAGGGAAAAGUGUAUGAACAUAAAAAAAGGCGCCUGUCAAGAAAGGCAUCUUCAUCUUGCCCAAGGGAGUGCCGAGGGAGACAGGCAGCGUGGGCAUGUCGCUGGUGGUAUGGGUGAUGUGUGGCCUCAUGUGGAUGGUGGGCGCGCUAUGCUAUGCAGAGCUGGGCACAUCCAUACCAAAAUCAGGCGGAGACUAUGCGUACAUUAAUGCUGGCUUUGGCUCCCUUCCUGCCUUCCUUUUCCUCUGGGCUGCCAACCUCAUCUUUGUGUAAAGUUAAAGUUAAGUUUGUCGUGCAAGUGUUCAAGUGGUGACCAUCAUGUCUUUGCCCACCGCCAAUCCCAUCAUGCCGCUGGCCUUUGCAAAGUAUGUGAUUCAACCGUUCUUCCCCAACUGUGACCUGCCAGAUGAUGCUGUGCGGCUCAUUCCAGCACUGUCCAUAUGUGAGUGACUGGAAUGUACGAGUCACCACCAAGCAGCAGGAUUUCUUCAUGGUGACCAAGAUUGCUGCAUUGCCCAUUGUCAUCCUUGCUGGCAUUGUACACCUUUGCAUGGGCAACACUGGGAACUUCCACAACUCCUUCCAGGGCACCAGCACUGAGCCAGGCAAGAUAGCUGUCUCCUUCUACUCAGGCAUAUCUUCCUAUACUGGAUGGAACUACCUCAACUUCAUGAUGGAGGAACUGAAGAACCCAUUUGUCUGAGUACUGUCUCUCCCUCACUUGGCACCACACUGCCACUCACUUCUACUCACUUCUACUCACUUGGCACCACACUGCCACUCACUUCUACUCACUUCUACUCACUUGGCACCACACUGCCACUCACUUCUCACUUCUCACACUGCCACUCACUUCUACUCACACUGCCACUCACUUCUACUCACACUGCCACUCACUUCUACUCCACACUGCCACUCACUUCUACUCCACACUGCCACUCACUUCUACUCGCACUGCCACUCACUUCUACUCCACACUGCCACUCACUUCUACUCCACACUGCCACUCACUUCUACUCCACACUGCCACUCACUUCUACUCAGGCAUAUUUUCCUACGCUGGAUGGAACUACCUCAACUUCAUGAUGGAGGAGCUGAAGAACCCAUUUGUUAACCUGCCCCGGGCCAUCUACAUCUCCCUGCCACUGGUGACGCUGGUCUAUGCGAUGGCCAAUGUUGCCUGCCUGGCUGUGCUCUCCCCUCGACAUGCUGGCCUCUGAUGCCAUUGCUGUUACCUUUGCUGACCAUCUAAUGGGCCGUGGCAGUGGCGGCUGGGUGAUGCCCUUGGUGGUGGCCCUCUUAGUGCACAUCAUGACUUCCUCCAGAACGACGACCACCACCACAAUGACGACAGCAAAAAUGGCAGCAGCAACAGCAACAACAACAACAACAACAACAACAACAACAACAACAACAAGAACGACAACAACAACGACAACAACAACAACAACAUUCAUGCAAAUUAGAGGAAAAGAGACAACGAGAGAGAGAGAGAGAGAGAGAGAGAGAGAGAGAGAGAGAGAGAGAGAG